AUGGCAACGGAUACAGUGGUGACAAGCCCAAUUGUUAAGGGCUCAAAACUACUGGUACCGAAGCAAGGACUAUAUAAGCCUUAUAUUCUUCCUUUCCUUCCAUUGUAUGCAACUUUUCUCCAAAUAUAUUUGAAGGAAUAUGAGAAAUAUAUCAAAGGAUCGGAAUGGACGUUUGUUUAUUUAGGGAGUCUGAUAUCACUCAACAUUUUUAUUUGGCUUUUGCCCCAGUGGAAUGUCAAGAUCGCUGCAAUUUUCAAUUUUGCUAAAGCGACAAGCAUUUCUGAAGCUAGCCACAUUUUGAUCCACACGUCUUCCAACAACGGUGCUGAUGGAAUUGUGAAGAUAGAAAGAGACGAAGAAAGCGGGAUUCCUCAAACAUCUUUUCAAUUUCAGAAAAAACGGUUUUUGCUGGACCCUGCUCGGAAUGAGUUUCGCAGUCCCAAAUUUGUCGUCGAUGAAUCCCCUAAGCUGGCUGUCUUCCAAGAAAACCGUGGAAACUUCGGCGAUUUGACUCAUUUGAAAAGGCUUUAUGGAGAAAACUCUUUCGAUAUUCCUAUCCCCACCUUUUUGGAGCUCUUUAAGGAACACGCCGUCGCGCCAUUCUUCGUUUUCCAGAUAUUUUGCGUCUGUUUAUGGCUUCUUGAUGAUUACUGGUACUACUCUUUGUUCAAUCUGUUCAUGAUUAUCGCGAUGGAAGGCGCUGCCGUUUUCCAAAGACUAACAACCCUCAGAGAGUUCCGGACGAUGGGCAUCAAACCAUAUUCGAUUAAUGUUUUCCGGGAUGGAAAAUGGAUUACGGUACAGACGAACGAGCUUUUGCCAAUGGACGUCGUUUCGAUUACGAGAACAGCUGAAGACAGUGCCAUCCCUUGUGACUUGAUUUUGAUUGAUGGUUCUUGCAUUGUAAAUGAAGCGAUGCUUUCUGGUGAAUCUACGCCUUUACUCAAAGAGCCUAUAAAACUUCGUCCUUCUGAAGAUACUCUUCAGCUCGAAGGUUUGGAUAAGAAUGCCGUUCUUCAUGGUGGUACCAAAGCCUUGCAGGUGACGAUGGCUGAAAACCCAUCCUAUGUUCCAAAUCCCCCAGACGAAGGCGCUUUAGCAGUUGUUGUAAAGACUGGUUUUGAAACCUCACAAGGGUCAUUAGUUCGUGUUAUGAUUUUCUCUGCUGAACGAAUUUCAGCAGGAAACCAAGAAGCCUUGUUUUUUAUCCUGUUUUUGCUGAUCUUUGCUAUUGUUGCAUCAUGGUACGUGUGGGUUGAAGGUACUAAGAUGGGUCGUAUUCAGUCUAAGCUGAUCGUGGACUGUAUUCUGAUCAUCACCUCUGUGGUACCCCCUGAACUUCCAAUGGAGCUUACUAUGGCGGUUAAUACCUCCCUAGCUGCUCUGGCCAAAUUUUACGUGUACUGUACGGAACCCUUCAGAAUUCCAUUAGCCGGAAGGAUUGAUGUGUGCUGUUUUGACAAAACUGGAACCUUGACCGGCGAAGACCUAGUCUUUGAAGGCUUGGCGGGCAUUGAUGUCUCGAAAACCUCUGUUGGCCAUCUUUCCUCCGCGAAAGAAGCCAAUUUGGAUACAUCUCUUGUUAUCGGUGCAGCGCACGCUCUCGUGCUUAUGACAGACGGAGAGCUCGUCGGUGAUCCUAUGGAAAAAGCCACACUGAAUGCCUGUGACUGGAGGGUUGGGAACAAGGACACCGUUCACAAGGACUCAGUUGGAACCAUUGAAAUUUUACGUCGUUUUCAAUUUUCUUCCGCUCUUAAGCGAUCGUCUUCUAUCGCCAACUCAAAGGGCCAAUAUUAUGUGGCUGUUAAAGGUGCUCCAGAAACUAUUAGAGAGAGGCUAUCGAGUGUCCCUGAGAACUAUGACAAUAUCUAUAAGCAUUUCACUCGUUCUGGCUCUAGGGUUUUAGCAUUAGCCUCAAAGAAAUUGCCAAAGCUAUCCAAGAAACAGAUUGAGAGCUUGGAGCGUGAUGAAAUGGAAACAGCAUUAGAGUUCAACGGAUUCAUUGUUUUCCAAUGUCCCUUGAAGGACGACGCCAUUGAGUCGAUCAAGAUGUUAAAUGAGUCUUCUCACCGUUGUAUUAUGAUUACCGGCGAUAACCCUCUGACCGCUGUUCAUGUUGCAAAAGAGGUCAAAAUUGUCGAACGUGAGACUUUCAUAUUGGAUAAAGCCGAAAGAGAGGAAGAUGAUCAUUUAAUCAUGAGAAACGUCGAUGAAUCCAUCGUUAAGAAAUUCGAUCCCUCGAAAGACACAUUCGACCACGCCUCUCUUUUUGAAAAAUACGAUUUAGCCGUAACAGGACACGCUCUUGCCGCUUUGUCGAACCACGAUCAAUUGAGAGAACUCAUUCGCCAUACUUGGGUGUAUGCUCGUGUUUCCCCGGCCCAAAAGGAAUUUAUUUUGAACACUUUGAAAGACAUGGGAUAUCAAACCCUCAUGUGCGGUGAUGGUACAAACGAUGUCGGCGCUUUGAAACAAGCACACAUUGGUAUUGCCCUUUUAAAUGGUACAGAGGAAGGCCUGAAGAAGAUGGGUGAACAGCGCAGAAUAGAUGGUUUGAAGACAAUGUAUGAAAAGCAGUGUGGUUUUAUGGAUAGAUGGGGUCAACCACAUCCUCCCGUUCCUGAAGCUAUUGCGCAUCUCUAUCCUCCUGGACCUAGCAAUCCAAACUACCUCAAGGCCUUGGAGAAGAAGGGUGUCACCGUUACAGAUGAAAUGAGGAAGUUAGCGAUUGAAGCCGCGUCGAGAACUGUUACCGUUAAAAAAGUUGAACCUGGAAAACAAUCUGCGGGCGAUCUAGCAGAUAUGGUGAUGAACUCCCUAGGGGAGGCGGACAGUGAGGAGGCACCAACUUUGCGCCUGGGUGAUGCCUCAUGUGCUGCUCCUUUCACAUCUAAGCUCGCCAAUGUGUCUGCUGUGACCAAUAUCAUUAGACAAGGUCGUUGUGCUUUAAUUAACACGAUUCAAAUGUACAAGAUCUUGGCUUUGAACUGUCUUAUUAGCGCUUAUUCCCUCUCUGUUAUCUAUUUGGCUGGCGUUAAAUUUGGAGAUGGUCAGGCUACGACGUCAGGUUUGUUGAUCUCUGUUUGUUUCUUGAGUAUAUCUAGGGGCAAACCUUUAGAAAAGCUUUCGAAGGAAAGACCGCAACCUGGAAUCUUUAAUGUUUACAUCAUGGGUUCUAUCUUGGGACAAUUUUUCGUUCAUAUCGCGACAUUAAUCUACAUCACACUAGAGAUUUACAAGAUUGAGCCUAGAGAACCUAAGGUGGACCUUGAAAAGGAGUUUUCUCCUUCGCUAUUGAACACGGGUAUAUUCAUGAUCCAACUCGCGCAACAGGUCUCCACGUUUGCCGUCAAUUACCAAGGUGAACCUUUCAGAGAAAACAUCAGAAAUAACAAGGGAAUGUAUUAUGGUCUUUUGGGAGUUGCUGGUCUCGCCUUGGCGGGUGCGACUGAGUUUUUCCCAGAGCUAAAUGCUGCCAUGAAGUUUGUGCCAAUGGAUGACGUUUUCAAAGUCAAGCUCACAGCGACCCUUCUCCUUGACUUCUUCGGAAGUUGGGCCAUGGAAUUGUUUUUCAAAUACUUUUUCAUGGACUCCAAAGCCGCUGAUAUUACAAACAGACCUUGA